AUGGCUUUGGUUACCGUCUUCAGCCUCUCCUUUAGAAAAAUAUUGCCUGGGAAUAUUUUCGCCAGUGUAUCUUUCAACAGUACUGAGGACUUUAUUCUGCAUCGUGACCUCGCCCUACCUGGUGAUCGCUAUGUGUUUCCCGACUUUGUUGUCUUCGAAAGCGUCACCAAUGACAUGGAAGAUACCUCCACAAGCGAUAUAAAAUUGGUCAUAGAGGUCAAGAAGGAUGAUACCGUUGGUGCCAUGGCUCAAGCGAGGACGGAUGCGAUCUGGUACCUCGGCCGAGCUGGUAACAACACCAAUAACCCCAAUCAAGAUAACACGCAAAUCUUUUCUGUCGCAACAGCAGGCGAUCGUUGGUCUUGUCGUAGGUACAACAAGACUAAUGGCUUUUGGGGUCCAGCGGAUAACUGGAGCGCCGAACAACUCACCACCGCGGACACCUUCGGUGAUCACAUAGAACUCUAA